AAUGAGUAUUUUUUGAGAUGUGUCCCCAUCCUGAGCUAAGUUUAUCAUUUAAAAGGAAAGCGUUGCAGUUUGUUAGUUUAGUUUCUUUAACGAAAAUUGACCGGAAGUAACGUUUGUCCAAAGGUGCUUGUAAAUUAGCCUAAUGUUAAUUAAUGUUACGGGUUAGCUUUAAGCUAACCGUUUUUUUUAUGUCUUAAAAUGGGAUAACGUGUGCCUAUGUGAUAGCUGAGAGUUCCGACCUACUUCCAGCGGCAGGAUGUUUAGGAAAACUGCGUGGAGGAACACAGUCAGUGAUGCAGUGAGUUUCCACCAAGACCAAGCCCUCAACACAACCAUAUUCCUCCUGAACUCCUUUGGCCCAACAGGGUUUCUGCUCAGAGAGGAGGGAGAGACUAGAAACUUCAAGGUGUACUUGGGUGACCCACAUACCUGCACUUGCCCUGUGUUCACCAGGGAGCAGGAGCCAUGCAAACACAUCUGCUGGGUUUUACUGCGGAAAUUCAGACUGCCCAGAGAACAUGAAUAUUCAUUUCAGCAUGGACUUGUGGAGAGACAGAUCUUGGAGGUGCUCCAUGGUUUACACCAAACCAAAGACCACCGGACGGAAAAUGAUUCUUCUACUGCUGCUGGGACCCCGAGCCAGCCAGCCACUGGCCAGGAGGCUGGAAGUGUCUGCCGGAAAGUGAUCCAAGCCCAGGAUGUGUGUCCUAUCUGUCAAGAAGAGCUGCUGGAGAAAAAACAGCCCGUGUCUUACUGCAGGUUCGGUUGUGGCAACAAUGUCCACAUCUCUUGCAUGAAGGUGUGGGCGGAUCACCAGAAACUUUUAGACAGUGAAGAAACCGUGAAGUGCCCUCUGUGCAGGGAGGACUUCAGCUCCUUGAAGUUGCUGCAGGAGCAGGUGAAAAAUGCAGCGAAGCUCUUCACUGCUGCUGAGAGAGAGAAGCCAGACAGACACCUGGGAGUCCUCUGCCACAGCUGCCGGGUCGGCCCUGUCACUGGCAGGUGUUUUAAAUGCACAGUCUGCAGGUACUUAUAUCUAUGCGAGGACUGCUCAAAGAAGGGCUGCCACCCACAGCAUCCAUUUGUGUCACGAAAAAAAAGGAGAGAAAAGUGGCACCUUGUGGCCAAGGACCCCAGUGAUGAACCGAGGGGAGCGACCUCUCACCCUCCAAAUGACAGCAUCAUCCCUCUAGCUGCAGACCCUUUACCUGAAAAUGUGUUGGGGUGUCUACCUACGGUCAAGGUGAGAUUGGGGUCCCGGUUCCUGGAUGUGGGACAGCAGUGUCGGAUCUGUCUGCUGGAUUUCAGCCUGGGCCAACGUGUCCGAACUCUGCCCUGCCAUCACAAGUUGCACACCGACUGUGUGGAUGGGAUCCUGCGGAAAUCAAACUCCUGCCCCUUGGAUGGAUAUGUCAUUUAUAACCCUUUGACUUGGACAGCCAGUGAAAGGAAGACCUCCCCUAAGUUGGCCUCCUGCUUUUCCAGUGACUGUGCCAAACGACCAGAAAAUAACUUAAAGGACCUUUUUAUUCCAGGAGUGGCACUGCGGGACAGGAACACUAAAGUCACUCCCUCACACGGUUCUCUGAACUUAGAGGUGCUAACGGGUUCUGCAGUAACUUUAAACACCACACAAAAGUUAAUAACUGACCGUUUUCAAGGCUUGUGCGUAGAUACAGCCACUGUGAAAGAAAGAGAAAGAGAGUUGCAGAGAAAACAAACUCCUUUUAAUCCUGAAAGCAGCUCAUCUUUUGAUCACCAAAGUAAAUCUGACUCAAAAAAGACAGCGGCAGAACACAGCCCUGCUUCACCCGCAGUGAGAAAAAUCAGAGCGCAACCCCAGUUGAACCUUUUUGUAGGUUUGCAGAGACCUGAGUCAGACCACACAGCUACUGUGGCCUCUUCUGCCAGGCGAACUAGACUGCAACCCAAGAGGACAGGCACGCUAACCAUCAAAGAAACAAACAACAGACUCAUUUCAGAGCUAACAAUGACUGGAGUUUUAAUAAACACACAGCAACAGAAGAAGACUUAACUGUACUGUUAACGCAGUGAAAGAAAUCAAAAAACAUGAUCAUUACAAUAACAUGUAAAUUUGAAAUAUGUUUGAAAUGUAGUGUUUGUGUCAUUUUGCUGAAAUCUAUUUUAUACAUAAUUAAAUAUGCACUUCACAGUUAGAAAAAAAAUGACAAAAGCUUUUGAACAAUAAACUGUAUCAAGUAACUUUAUUAAUUUAGUGCACAAAAAGGCAAGACUAAUAACACUACCAUCAUUACAGAGGUAAACACAAGAGGUGCCCAUUUUGGAAGAAACUAAAUCCCCAUAAGGUUCAACGUUUAGACACAAAAGGAGCGUAUAGAACACAUUAAAAUCAAUACAAAUACAUUCAGCGAGAUCACUUUAAAACAGGAGUGGCAGUAGGUUUGAUUUGCUCGUCAAGAAUUGUCAGCAGAAAGUUUUCACCAACUACUCCUCAUGUUGUUGCGUAAGCUGGGGUGUGCUGUGUUUUCAAGCUGAUGACUAGCAGGAAAAAGUACUUCCAUUUGUAAGCAUACUGAAUGAUUAAGUGCUCAACUUGUUGCUACAUUUAAAAAUUACAAAGCUCAGUUUUACACUCCCUUUUAAAAGGCUCGCUCUUUAGGCUAACUAAAAAAAAAAAAACAUAUCUAUAACGUGUCAUAUGACUCUGGUUCAAAAACCUUGUCAUUCAUCCGUUCACUGGAACACACUGAUGCACCUCUCAGACUUGUAGCUGAAAGAAAAACGGCACAAAAUAACUGAAAUCACAGCCACAUAAUACAUAAAAUGUUGCUUUAGUAUAUACAUACAAAAGAACACACAAAUGUGUGAAUAUACAUACAAACUCAACAGGAAAAACUUUUACAGUAUGACGGAAGACUGAAUAUGGCAAAAUUGUCGCUGCAAAGUUCAUUUUAAAUUUGAAUUCAUGGUAAAUAUUGCUAGUAAAACAGCUUUGUGGUAUUCUUGGUAAACCUUUUGCCAAACCUUAUCAUUGAUGGCCAAUGAUGUCAGUGUUCAGGAUGCUGUGGUAGUAUUUACACUCAAAGUUGAAUAUGUUUCUGGGAAUGCUGUGUGCCAGUGGAACAAAUGGGCACAUAUUAAAGUGAAGUGUGCUUUAUGUGACAAGAUCGAGACUAAAGCUGCCAUGUCCAUUAGAGGACAGACGUAAAAGGCAGGCGUACCUGGGACUUUGUUAUACUGCUGUACACUUAUUUGUUUAUGAAUUGGUUAAACCAAAGUAUCCCAUGGUCAGGAAGUAAAUACAGGAAUACAGGUUGUGAAAGUAAAACUCCAAGGCACCGAAUUAAUGCUAUAAAUAAAAUAAUUACAAGGGCUUAUAGUUUGUUAUUAUCAGAGGGGGGCUAAGCAGAAGGUGCUGAUCUCCAUAACUUAUUUGCAAAUUAAUGUAAUGUAAUAACUUUAACAGCACUUCCUCAGGCUGUGGCUGGUUGUACCAUGAAUUGCUUCAGACAAGCAAUCUGAGCCAUUACUGGGCUUCUAGAUUAGCCCGGGGGUAUUAUUAUUGUUGUAGUUACAGUAAUUACAGUUGGCAGCACAACACAGAGUCUCCUUCCAAGACUAGACAAUGAAAUAAACCAUUCAGUCCCCAAGUAAUAUAACCGCUACAGUGACGUAAUGUUAGCUCUACAGUGAAAUGCAAAAACGAUUUUCAUACACACAAGGAAACAUUCAUUUUCAUGCAUUCUAAAAUAAUCGUAGGCUUAAAACCUUGAAUAUCAGGUAUGUAAAUGGAAACUUAGCUUUACAAUGUACAUCAGUGUUUUAACUCCAAAAAUCCAUUGGAGUCUGUGACAGGCAGAAAGUUAAGACGAUCAGUCAUUCAUUGUUCGGACAAAGCUGAUUCCGAUAUAAAUGAGGCAGAAUGAUCGAAACGAGAUGUCAGUACUGCAAACUGGGAAAGCUUCUAUAUCUUAUUUAAUUUUACAGCAGGCAUUUAUGAUGAGGAUAAGUGCAUUACGCACAGACCUGUGUCUGUGUCCAUCCUGCAAACUCACCAGAUUUGACAAAAUAUAGUCAAAUACUGUGACCAUAUUUAAUGAUUACAGGCAGUAAGAAGGCACCCUUUAUAAUGCCAGCACUGGGGACUAUGGGACAUCGUAUUCACACGGACAUUUUCAUGUGAAGAAUCUCGCUGGUGAUCUUUAGAUUCUGGAGAAUGAAACAACAUGGUGCACACAAACGUGUCUUAACAGCAGUUACAUGAUGCUUCAACACGACAAUAGAUCCUGCUUUAUUUUUUGGAGCGUAUGCAUUCUUUGGCAAAGUUGUACAAUCACAUAACUCAACAACAACGAUGCCUGCGUGAGCACAAGUGGUGAAAACUAAUUUGGAUCACUCAGCACUGAUGACGCCAUGUGAUGAAAAUAGCUCAGUGUGGGUGAAAUGGUUAAUGGGACACUUAAAUUAAGCACUGAUGAAAAAAGGCUUGAUGUUUGCAACAAGCUGUGCCCUAACUGCGCUUGGUCAGAGGUCUCCCCUCGCGGACAUGCUUGGCACUCCUCUUUUCAGUCUUGCUUUUCUCUCUGACCUUCCUCAGGCGCCGCGGAGGCGGCGUACCU